AUGUCAGUUUGGAGUCGUAUUGCACGGCGUGUUGAUCUGGUACAUAUUUACACAUCACAGCCGGAGCGUGAGAGGACGGCUGUGGAGUUAAGACGACGGCGUAGUACACUUAUGAGCGAGUGCACACGUGUGUCCAAAUUUCUGCAGCCGCCCGUGCUCCAAAUUGAUGAUUGGUCUUGUGUUGAACGUCAACAUCUCCUAAACAAUAACCAUUUGGGCAACUCUCCAGGCGACCCUCUCCAGAAAAAUGGCAACCAAACGGCCUCACCAAGUGCGAGCCUUUCUCUGGGCAGCGUGAACCUACAAGGCCGACGGCGCUCCGCCGGCGAACGCUACACACACUCUUGGCUCGCACCCACGCGAUUCAAUCCCGCUAGAUGGCAUCGUGAUCGACUCCGCACACGAAGCCUCUCACGCACCGCCUCUCUCACUCGGACUCCAAACGCAUCCCCAAUCACCGGACGCAACUCCAUCGCUAUCUUCGACACCCACCUCCUCUCCACUCACCAACAAACUGACCACUCCCUGCUGCCCAACGCCGGUGACGAAGACGGGCUGGGGCACAAGGGAGUCAGGGACAACGGACUGAGGGACAACGGACUGAGGGACAACGGACUGAGGGACAACGGACUGAGGGACGACGGACUGAGGGACGACGGGCUGGGGGACGACGGAACCAGGGGCAACGGACCCAGGGACGUACUACUGGAUGAAAGCUCGCAACUGACCAAGGUCGCCAGGGGUUCGUUAGACGGGAGUCCUCGUCCAGAAGCUAGUCCAUCAAGAGAAGGUAGUCCAGCAGGAGAAGUUAGCCCAGAAGCAAAAGCUAGCCUAGAAGCAGAAGCUAGUCCCGAGACUGCUGGCUCUGGCCUCACGCUGGAGGAUAGCGCCUUCCCUGGACUGCAGCCCAGGUCCAGGCUGGCGGCGGCAGUCUCCCAUACCCGACUCCUGAAGUCAGCAGCUCGGGGGUCGCCAGCAACACGGGGGUCGCCAGCAGCUCGUGGGCCGGGUCCAGAGGAGUCUGGGGAGUUGCUUUAUGAGGUACAGAUUUUGCCGCGGGCGUCUUCAGCAGGGAUUCAAUCAACCUCGUUUCGACGUCCGUGGUACAAGCCUUGGCGGUGA